AGGUCAAACCGAUUCAGUUACCGAUUAAUUACAAUACAAUCGGGGCCUUACGAGGCUUUCCCCUUUUAUUCAUCUUACUCCCUCAUUGUAUCAACAAUACAUUGCGUGAGUAUAGAAGAAUCCGUUAGUUUAUCAGACCCAGCAAUCAUCGCUGGCGUUGCUCUCACCAACAUACUUACUUUACACGAUUGUCUCUCUUUUUGAACUGAGCCAUGGCCCGAGUUCGCAAGGCAACCGGUCCUACCCGGAAGGGAGCGACCGAAACGGUGCCGGAGGAGCGAGUGGAAGAAGAAACGCCCUUUGAGGCCGUUGAGUCGCCGUCCAAGGACAGUGACAAUGAGACGCAACCAUCGUCCAUGGGCGAUGACAAUGACUCACAGUCUGAGAUCGAGUCGUACAAGAUUGAUACCGACAUUGAUUUCAAGUACAACCCAAACUUUUUUGAGGACAAGAAAGCCCUUGAAAGUGUUCUAAGGAAUACUAUGGGAUUUGGAGAUAUCCAUGUGAAGUCACUCCAAAACGAAGGUUUGAAGACCGCAAAUGAUUUCUUGCUUAUUUCUAUGAGUGACAUCAAUGAUCUUUGCGACAAGCUUUUGUUUGCAACAGUUUACAGGGCUCGCCUACGGGCAUUUGCUACAUGGUUACGUAGUCAACCCGACAACAUAAAUAUUACCCAAGAAUGGACAAUUCCAGUUAUGCAAUUGGAAAUGCAGAUGAAGGCGCAAGCGUCUCCAUUUGGAACCUCCGAGACCAACAAAACAGACAAGUCAGUCUCCAGUCUGGUGCCUGAUCCCUUUGAUGGUACACAGAAGAAGUGGCUCGCCUUUCGAUACAGUUUUGAGGCAUGGGCCGGAGCAAGUGGGCAAUCUUUUGAUGCCUGCAUCUCACAUGACUCGGAGCGAUAUUCCCGUUCAGAACCAACAGCGACCUACAAUGACAUCAAUGACGAACCUGAUUCAUUUAAAUAUGACUGGAACGUUAAGUCAGUUCGCAAUUCAAACAUCUUUUUUAUGCUCAAGUCGCUCACAAGCGGCGGAGAUGCAUGGGGCCUUAUCGAACCUUACGAGGUUUCAAAAAAUGGCCGUCAUGCCUGGAUCGCCUUGUGUGCGUUCUAUGAAGGGGCCAGUCAGGUGGGCUUAACCACAGAAGAAGCUCGCACUACAAUUCUGACAUCGAAGUAUACCGGACAAUCCCGGAACUUCACGUUUACCAAGUAUGUUCAAAAGCAUCUUACUGGUAACAACAUAUUGGCUCGCAACAAAGAGGCCUACACGGACUCACAGAAAACAAACUUUUUCCUACGGGGAAUUGUUGAUCCUGAACUUAUGGCAUUCAAGGCAGCUGCUGAAGCUAACCUAAAUGAAUGGAAGUUCGAACGCGUUGUCACGUACAUGCGUACUCAAGCCGCCAAGCUCACGAGCAAGGACGGUAAGGAUUCCCGAAACAUUCGUCAGGCUACGGGCUUGUCGAAAAACAGGAACAACAAAAACAACCGGCGCAAGCGCUCGGAAUACCAAAGCCAAGGCAAAGGUAAUAAAGAGUCGGGCAAAGGAAACAAUGCUCCUAGUACUCAACUCCGCAAGGACAUCUGGGAUGAAUUGUCUCCCGAGAUAAAGGAUGCCAUCAAAGCGGCAAAGCGUAGAGCGUCUACGGACCCGCGCACGGCUAAAAGAGCCAAGACUAGUAGUACGGAUAACUCUAACGCAAGCGUUGAGUCCUACUCGCCUGAUUUAAGGUCAAUGUCUACUGAAAUAUUUAAAGCAGAUGAUGACAAGGACUUGGCUUCAGGUCAGCCUGAGGCGAAAGAUACACCACUUCAUUUGGAACUUGAAGAUACGCUUAAGAAACCUACAUAUGGAGCAGGUACCCUAUUUGGGCGAUCUGCUGACAGGGUCUCCUUUAAUCGUAUGGUAUGCAGUUCAGAAGAAAACAAAGUCACUCCUUGGCGCAUGUCAGAACUACGGCUUGCGGAUGCAACAAUAAGACGCAUUUGUAAGAAUCGCACACGAAAUCCUACCGGCCGUUCAACAUGGGGCGAAGCUGCCAUUGAUACUGGUGCCGACACAAUUUGCAUUGGUUCAGGCUAUACUGUACUUGCCCAUACAGGUCGAUAUGUGAGUCUGCGAGGUUUUCAUGACAGUGGUGAUACUCUUGAUCGAAUUCCAGUUGUGACGGCUGCUACAGCAUAUGACUACGAUGACGGAACCACCGUUAUUCUGGUUUUCCAUGAAGCUUUGAAUCUUGGGCCUACACAGUCCACAUCUCUCAUCAACUUGAAUCAGAUUCGGCACGCCGGACAUCAGACUGAUGACAUUCCGAAGUUUUUAUCCCAAGGGAAAUCUCUUCACGGAAUUGAAACAAUUGAUGGCGACUACAUUCCUUUUGAAUUGAAGGGACGCACAUCAUUGUUGUACUCACGAGUACCUACUCGCCAUGAGCUUGAGAACUGCCUGCACAUUGAUCUCACAUCUGAUCAACCCUGGGAUCCAAACAGCAAAGACUGGGAGGAUAAUGAGCAGCGCUACACGCGUCAUGACCGACAACGGAAUGCACGCUAUACCGCAACUGAUAAUGCGGAUGAGGAGAACUUUUACCAUGGGUAUUUCUCUCUCCCUGACUCUAAGGAGUUCCCGGUUCUACCGGCAAACAAUAAUGUUAUGAACCCACAUGAUGUCGUACGCGAGAUCAAAUAUGCUACUGCACGGGUUUCAAAAUCUAGCCCACGGGAUCUAGAUGUCGAUCGAGACAAACUUCGCCGCAUCCUGGGACAUGUUCCUAUGGAAGUAGUUGACCGAACACUGGAAGCUACAACACAACUUGCGGAACGCUCUGGCAAAAUGCCACUGCAUCGACGUUUUAAAACGAAGUUUGAACAAUUGCGAUACCGCCGGUUGAAGUGUACGUUAUAUAGCGACACUUUCAAAUCUACUGUUAAAUCCUCCCGAGGACACACGCAUACCCAAGGGUUUGUAUGUGGUGAUUCUUACUUUGUAUACCACUUUCUUAUGAAAGCGGAAUCCGAAGCAGACCAAGGUCUUGCGUCAAUUAUACAAGAUAUAGGAAUUCCGGCACAAAUUCACACCGACAACGCAAAAGUGGAAACCUUAAGCAAAUGGAAGAAAAUCACUUCCGGUCACUGGAUAAAAGUCACAGUCACGGAACCAUACUCACCGUGGCAAAACCGUUGCGAACACGAAUUCGGUGCGGUUCGGAUCCAGACACGACUUGUUAUGGAAACGACACAAUGUCCAGAACAGCUUUGGGACUACGCCAUUACCUACGUGGUAAUUGUGCGUAAUAAUACCGCUCGCAAAGCCUUAAAUUGGCAAACGCCAUUAACGGUUAUGACAGGUGACACGAGCGAUAUUUCAGAAUUGUUGGAUUUCGAGUUCUACGAACCGGUACAAUAUUUUGACAAUCCUGAAAUUAAAUUUCCACAAGCUAAGGCUAAAGUUGGUCGGUGGCUUGGUAUUGCAACAAAUGUUGGACAAGCUAUGUGCUACUAUGUCCUAACAGACAAAGGAACCGUGAUAGCGCGAUCCACAGUCACACCACUUCACAAAGUUGAUUCGACUGCUUUGCAAACCUCUCUUACAGCUUUUGAUGCUAUGAUAAGGGAUAUUUAUCAGCCUACUGAUUUUGCUCACAGCACUAAAAAGCAAGCUGCCUCGUUACGACGAGAUGAAGCAAUGAAGGUUGCCAGAAAAACUGGUGAACCUGAAGAUCCAGGAGUCCGUAAUAGACAUGUUCUGUAUGACUUAAAUGAGGGAGCCGACCAUGACCAAGUGGAACCAGGACUAUCAGUUGAUGAUUACUACGGUAACGACGACGAAAAAGAGUCUGGUUCGUCGGAUCUCCUUGUCGGCAGCGAAGUACUCCUUACUAAGGGAGGUAUACAACAUCUAGGCAAAGUCACCAAGCGUGAUAAAAAUGGCCAGCCCAAGGGCUCAAACGAAACAACCAAUUAUGUUGUUGAGUUCAAUGAUGGUACUGAAGAGAUUCAUGGAUACAAUGCUCUGCUUGACGCUGUGUAUAAGCAAGUCGAUGAUGAUGGUAAUGAAUGGUAUACUUUUGAAGAUAUUGUUGACCAUCAAAGGCGCCCACGUGGCGGCCGAGGACGAACGAAAGGUUGGUUCCUCCGUGUUAAAUGGGCCAAUGGUGAAUACACCUGGGAGCCUCUUACCUCUUUAAAGGAAAGCAAUCCUUACCCAGUUGCAAAAUAUGCAGCCGACAAUGAAUUAAUGUCGGAAAAAGCUUUCUCUUACUGGGCACCAUCGGUACUGACAAAGGCUGAUAGGUGGAUUCGCGCUGCACGCACGCGAAAAAAGAAGAACCGAUACAAGUACGGUAUAGAAGUUCCAAGGAACGUUGCCCACGCUUACGAGCUGGACAAACAGAAUGGCAAUCAUCUCUGGGCUGAAGCCAUCCAAAAGGAAAUGGGCACGCUGCAGAAGAUGGAGACCUUCACUAUCCUCUCGAAGGGAGAAAGAGCUCCCAAGGAUUAUAAACGCAUCCCGAUGUGGAUUAUUUUUGAUGUCAAAAUGGACUUCCGACGCAAGGCACGCCUUGUUGCUGGAGGCCAUGUGACAGACCCUCCCACUGAUGAUACUUAUUCCAGUGUUGCGUCAAGGGAGAGUGUUCGACUAGGUUUCUUACUUGCCAGUCUGAACAAUCUUGAUCUCGUCUCAGUUGACAUUGGUAAUGCUUACGUCAAUGCCGAUUGUCGUGAAAAGGUCUAUGCAAUUGCUGGCCCUGAGUUUGAAGAGUUCGAGGGACGGACAGUCAUCAUUGCUAAGGCUCUGUAUGGACUAAAGUCCAGUGGCGCAGCGUGGCAUUCCCACCUCGCGCAAAGUCUAAGGACUAUGGGUUUUGUGUCUUCUAAGGCCGAUCCAGAUAUGUGGUACCGAGCUGCUAAGCGCAAGGACGAAAGCGAGUACUACGAGUACAUUAUAAGCUACGUCGACGACCUAACGGUUGUCUCGGAAAAUACCAGGGCGAUUUUAGAAAUGCUCAAAAACAUUCCCUACACACUCAAGGGUGGUAGCGCUCCAGAAACAUUUCUUGGAGCCACUAUUGGAACGUACACAUUCAAGGAUGGUACGUCGGCGUGGUACAUGUCUGCUCAGCAGUACUUAACCAACGCGAUAAAAAACAUAGAGGAAACUCUUGGGCUGAAACUUUCAACAAGUAACCGAAUUGUCACGCCCUUGAUACCCGGAUACCAUCCGGAGGUGGAUACGUCCGCUUUCCUCGACGAUGACCGAGCGAACUUUUAUAUGAGUCUUAUCGGCAUUCUUCUCUGGACAUCUGAACUUGGACGAAUUGACAUUACCCAAGAAGUGGGUCUUAUGUCACGCUUCAAUGCGAAACCAAGAGAAGGCCACUACAAUGCGGUGCUUCGUAUGUUCAGCUACUUAAAGCGACACUUGAAUUCCAAGCUUGUCUGUGACCCUAAAAUGAGAGAAUUUUCUCAGGUCAAGUUCUCUGAUCCUAUGUGGAAGGAGCAAUACCCAAAUGCUGUAGAGGAACUCCCUCCAGCAAUGCCAAAACCUAUGGGUAGGUCAGUACAAAUCACGGUGUUUGUGGAUGCUGCUCAUGCAGAUUGUCACGUCACGCGGAGAUCGACCACCGGCAUACUUAUUUUUAUAAAUGGAACACCAAUACGUUGGUACUCCAAGAGACAAAACACUGUCGAAGGAUCGACAUAUGGAUCGGAGUUUGUUGCCAUGCGCAUAGCUUCCGAAAUGAUCAUAGCCUUGCGGUACAACCUACGGGUAUUGGGUGUUCCACUUUGUGGACCCGCAAAUGUUUUCUGCGACAAUAUGAGUGUCGUCACAAGUUCGACGAUACCUUCGUCGGUACUUAAGAAAAAGCACAAUGCUAUUUCAUACCAUAAGGUUCGCGAGUGCAUUGCUAGUGGGACAAUGCGUCUUGCACAUGAACCAACGGGCUCCAAUCUCAGUGAUAUGCUCACUAAGUGUCUGUCUGGCCCUCAGCACAAAUUCCUCAUCAGUCACAUUCUGUUUUGAGCCACGG